AUGGAUUCCUAUCUUCGAGAACAAUUAUCCAAGCGGAUUAUGUUUCUUGAUGGGGCCAUGGGCACGGUUAUCCAAAAGUUACGUCUGACCGAGCAAGAUUUUAGGGGGGAAAAAUUUAAAAACCAUCCAAAAGAUCUAAAAGGAAAUAAUGACAUAUUGGUAUUAACGCAGCCCGAGUAUAUCAAGCAAAUUCAUAUCCAAUAUUUAGAAGCAGGUUCUGAUUUCGUUGAAACAAAUACUUUUAGUAGUACUUGCAUUAGUCAAGCUGAUUAUUCUACUGAGGAAUAUGCCUAUGAAUUAAACAGAGAGGCAUCCAGAUUGGCUAAAGAAGCCUGUGGAGAGAUCACGGCGAGGGAUCCGGCCAGACCAAGAUUUGUUUGUGGUGCACUUGGUCCAACAAAUAGGACGUGUUCCAUUUCUCCGUCUGUCGAGAACCCCGCUUACAGGAAUGUAACAUUCGAUGAAUUGGUUGAUGCAUAUACCGAACAAGUGAAAGGUCUCUUGGAUGGUGGUGCCGACAUUCUGCUGGUGGAAACCAUUUUUGAUACAUUAAAUGCAAAGGCGGCACUUUAUGCGAUCGAUACGCUUUUUGAAGAGGGCAUUUAUCAAAGAAAACCAAUUUUUAUUUCCGGUACUAUCGUUGACCAAUCUGGUCGCACACUUAGCGGUCAAACCGGCGAAGCCUUCUUGAAUAGCGUUAGUCAUUCUUCUCCCCUGGCCAUUGGAUUGAAUUGCGCCUUGGGAGCUGAACAAAUGCGACCGUUUAUUUCCAAUAUUGCAAAGUUCACCAGCUCCUUCGUGAUUUGUUAUCCAAAUGCGGGAUUACCAAAUACUUUCGGAGAGUAUGACGAAACACCUACAAUGAUGGCAGCUAAAGUUGGCGAAUUUGCUAAGGACGGACUUGUUAACAUUGCCUCGAAUUCCGCCUCCAGACAUUUUGCUGGAAAAUAUGAUCGUCUCUGGACUCGAAAUUUUGAAGAUCAACAAAGAGAGCAAUUUCGUAAAUCAAGGGCCCAAGUUGAAAAUGGCGCCCAGAUAAUUGACGUCAAUAUGGAUGAAGGGAUGUUGGAUGGAAAAGCUGCUAUGACCAAAUUUCUAAAUUUAAUUGCUAGCGACCCCGACAUAGCGAGGCUUCCAAUAAUGAUCGAUUCUUCAAACUUCGAAGUCAUUCUGGCGGGUUUGAAAUGUGCACAAGGGAAGUGUAUCGUAAAUAGCAUUAGCUUGAAGGAGGGUGAGGCAGACUUCGUUAAAAAAGCGAGAAUAAUUCGUAGAUUUGGUGCUGCGGUCAUCUGCAUGGCUUUUGACGAACAGGGUCAGGCCGAUGUGAAGGAUCGAAAGAUAGAGAUUUGUGCGAGAUCUUAUAAAAUAUUGGUAGAAGUAGUUGGGUUCAAUCCAAAUGACAUUAUUUUUGAUCCCAAUAUAUUAACAAUAUGUACGGGUAUGGAAGAACACAACAAUUACGGAGUGGAAUUCAUAGAAGCAACUGGGUGGAUAAAACAAAAUUUACCUGGUGCUAAGGUUAGCGGUGGUGUCUCUAAUUUUUCUUUCUCGUUCCGCGGAAUGGAUAAAAUCAGGGAGGCUAUGCAUAGUGUAUUCCUUUAUCACGCUAUUAAAGCAGGCCUUGACAUGGGAAUCGUGAACUCCGGAUUUCUUACAAUUUACGACGACAUACCCAAAGACCUUUUACAAUUGUGUGAAGAUGCGUUAUGGAAUCGGGAUCCCGAGGUAACCGAGAAAAUAUUAGCGUAUGCACAAAAACAUGGUAAAGAUUCUAAAAAGGAAGAGACUGAAGAGGAAUGGAGAAAAGGCGACGUGAAAACAAGAAUUAGUUAUGCAUUGGUGAAAGGCAUUGUAAAAUAUAUUAUCGAAGAUACUGAGGAAGCUAGAAAAAUGUUCAAUAGACCAUUAGAGGUUAUCGAAGGACCUUUAAUGAAUGGCAUGAGCACAGUUGGUGAUCUUUUUGGCGCAGGAAAAAUGUUUCUGCCACAAGUCAUUAAGUCUGCGCGUGUGAUGAAAAAGGCUGUUGCAUAUUUAAUUCCUUACAUGGAAUCCGAACGUCAAGCGCAACUUGCAGAAAACGGCGACGAUUGUGUGAAUAGUAGUCCGGAGUAUGCCGGUGUCGUAGUCUUAGCCACGGUGAAAGGAGAUGUGCAUGAUAUCGGUAAAAAUAUUGUGGGUGUUGUAUUAGGUUGUAAUAAUUAUAAGGUCAUCGACUUGGGUGUUAUGACUCCAUGCGAAAAGAUUAUUGAAACAGCUGUCAAAGAGAAAGCGGACGUUGUUGGGUUAUCUGGAUUGAUCACACCGUCAUUGGAUGAAAUGGUUACUGUUGCAAAGGAGAUGGAAAGACAUAAAUUAAAUGUUGGUGGAGCAACCACAUCCAAAGCUCAUACAGCUGUGAAAAUUGCUCCUCGAUAUAGCCAACCUACUAUUCAUGUAUUGGAUGCCUCGAAGAGCGUUGUGGUGGUAUCUAACCUCUUGGAUAGUAAUGCAAAGGUGGAGUUUUGGGAGGACAUUGCAGAAGAGUACGAAGAAAUACGCGAAGAUCAUUAUGCCUCAUUGCAAGAUCGUCAUUAUUUGACAUUAAAAGAAGCGAGGGAACAAUCGUUCAAGAUCGAUUGGGAAUCGAAUUUUAGGCAACAAGCGCAGAAGGAGCUCGGUGAAUCAUACUUUUGCCUUUCCGAUUUUAUUGCACCAAAAUCAUCUGGCAUACCUGAUUAUUUAGGAUUAUUCGCGGUUGGUAUAUUCGGUGCAGAAGAAUUAUGUAGAAAAUUUCAGGAAGAUCACGACGAUUAUAACGCCAUAAUGACCAAAGCAAUGGCGGAUCGUUUUGCCGAAGGAUUUGCGGAAUGCUUGCAUGAAGACAUUCGAAAAGAGCUAUGGGGUUAUAGCCCGAAUGAAAAUUUGGCAUUAAAUGAUAUGCUGAGUGUCAAAUAUAAAGGAAUUAGACCGGCACCGGCUUAUCCUUCGCAACCGGAUCAUAGGGAGAAAAUUACAAUGUGGAAUCUUAUGAACAUUAAUGAAGAAAUCGGAAUUGAGCUAACGGAAGGUUUGGCCAUGCUGCCUGCUGCUAGCGUUUCUGCUUUGGUAUUUGCGCAUCCAGAUUCUCAAUAUUUUGCUGUUGGAAAGAUUGGAAAAGAUCAGAUUAUCUCUUUUAAAAAAUUUAUUACUAUUACCAAAUAUUAG